AUGCUUAUCGUUGUAGACGCCCCGACGCCCCUGCCUUUAGCGAUGCGCGGCACGCUGGCUUUCUCCGCAAAGGUCUGGCAAAGCCCGGGGACUGGAGCUCUCCUUCCACAUAUACAACAGCGCAUACAGUCAACCGCGCCAAGGAUAUCACGAUCCCUCGCUACCAAGUCCUCAUCGCAACUCGCUGUUUCUAGACAGACGCCGAAUUGCCUCAUUCCCACCUCAACGACCGCUCGAUUCACAACCGCGGGCACUACGCGUCGCAAUGCACUAGAACGGCCUGUUCGCCUGUUCCAUGUCUCGAGGAUAUUAGCAGAAGCUACGACAAAGGCGCCAGCAAAGCAGCGCAAGUCAUACCGAGAUGAAAUCAAAGAAAAGGGUCUCGUGGAUGUCGAGGAGCACGAUGGGGAAGGGGAAGCAGCUGAGCACGGCUUUGUGAAAUCGGAGAAGGCAGCACAAGCAAAGCACGUCAACCUGAGCGCAAAGCUGAGCAAAGAUGGAACCGGCUCUGGAAGUACACCAGGUGGGACAAAGGAGGUAUGGAGACUGAUCAAGAUUGCGAAGCCUGAGAUGGGCACUCUUUCCGUGGCAUUCAUCUUCUUGCUGCUAGGUUCAGCCAUCUCCCUAUCUGUUCCUUUCUCUAUUGGAAGGAUCCUAGACGCUGCGACCAAUGUCGAUAAGACCGAUGGACUGCUCUUCGGGCUGAACAUGACAACCUUCUACUUUGCGCUGGCGGGAGUGCUCACUUGUGGAGCUGCACUUAGCUUUGGCCGUAUCAUCAUUCUACGAAUCGUCGGAGAGCGUAUUGUUGCUCGCUUACGAUCCCAACUUUACCGCAAGACCUUUGUUCAAAACGCCGAGUUCUUCGACGCGAACAGGGUCGGAGACCUCAUCUCCCGACUCGGCUCAGACACCAUCAUUGUCGGAAAAAGCAUUACACAGAACCUCUCCGACGGGCUUCGCGCGCUGGUCAGCGGUGCUGCCGGCUUCGCUAUGAUGGGCUUCGUUAGUAUUAAGCUCACCGGCAUCCUCGCCUUGAUUGCCCCGCCUGUAGCGAUUGUGGCUUUCUUCUCCGGACGCGCACUACGAAACCUUAGUCGCAAGAUUCAGAAAAAUCUAGGUACUCUGACCAAGAUUGCUGAGGAACGAUUGGGGAACGUUAGGACAAGUCAAGCAUUCGCAGGAGAAGUACAGGAAGCUGCACGCUACAAUCGCCAGAUCAAGAGGAUAUUCGCCUUGGGUAAAAGGGAAGCUAUAGUAGCUGCAAGCUUCUACGGAAGCACCGGGCUCAUGGGUAAUCUCACGAUCAUUGCUAUCCUCUACGUCGGAGGUAACAUGGUUAAGAACGGUGUCAUCUCUAUUGGCGAGCUGACAUCAUUCUUGAUGUACACAGUAUAUGCUGGGUCAAGUAUGGUGGGCCUUUCAGGUUUCUACGGCGAAAUGAUGAAGGGCGUAGGAGCGGCCAGUCGCCUAUUCGAACUUCAAGACCGCAACCCCACCAUAUCGCCGACGAAAGGCGCAGCUGUUAAGUCUGCGCGUGGACCCAUCGAGUUCAAGAACGUUUCAUUCAGCUAUCCCACCAGGCCCGCCGUGUCGAUCUUCAAGGACUUGAACUUCAAGGUCGAGCAGGGUACGAAUGUAGCUAUCGUAGCGCCUAGUGGAGCUGGCAAAUCCACGGUUGCGAGCUUGCUUCUACGCUUCUACGUGCCGAAUUCUGGAACUAUCACCAUUGACGGACGCGACAUUACCACACUCAACGCGAAACAGUUGAGGAGGAAAAUUGGAUUCGUUGGGCAGGAGCCCGUGCUUUUCUCUGGAACAAUUGCAGAGAAUAUUGCUUACGGUGUACCUCACGCCACUCGCGCCGAGAUUGUGGCCGCUGCUCGAAAGGCCAACUGCCAAUUUAUCAGUGAUUUCCCCGACGGCCUUGAAACCCACGCUGGUGCAAGAGGUACCCAACUCUCUGGGGGUCAGAAGCAACGCAUCGCCAUCGCACGAGCACUCAUCAAGCAGCCCGACAUUCUUAUUCUUGACGAAGCAACAAGUGCUCUAGACGCCGAAUCCGAAACCCUGGUCAACCAAGCGUUGAGCAAACUUCUUCAGGAAAACAACACGACGAUCAGCAUUGCGCAUCGGCUUUCGACGAUCAAGCGUUCCGAUCGGAUUAUUUGCAUCAGUGCAGACGGACAUGUGGCGGAAGAGGGCACUUAUGCGGAGCUUACGUCAAAUCCCGAUGGUGCGUUCAACAAGCUCAUGGAAUGGCAACUCAAUGGAGGCGAGCCGGACACCAAAAGUAGCCCGAGACCGACCGAGUUGGAGGAGAUUGAGCGGGAGCUAGAGGAGGAGACUGGAGAAGAGGCGAGUCGCAAUAGCGUCUAA